CACUCUUCUUAGUUGGUCAUAAUAACCGCUCCAGGCCAAAAGUUAUGCGGUUCUCCAUUCUUCUGCUGAGCCUGUCUUGCGUUCUCGCUCUGCAAGUGAACAUCGCUGAGUGUUUAACCAACAGGGAGUUAUUUGAGAUCAUCAAGGAUUAUGUGGACGUCGUUGAAGAAGACAUUUCCAGUGAUGACGUCAUAACUGACAAUGCUGAUGACGUCAUUGACUUUCCUGGCGGUCCCGAUGAUGACGUGGAUUUCGAUUUCCUGAUUGACGCGAUGGACAUUUCGAGCAUUGGGGACGAGAUAUCGGAAAUGAUGGAAGCUUCACAAAGCAGCCAUGGUCUAAGCUGGUGGCACCAUUACCACCAUCAUCACAACCACAGCCCCCACCGCAAGAUAUGCUCAUGUCGCCAUCUCUACUGCAAAUGCUGCAUCAGCCACACGUUCCGUAUCAAUCUUAUCUUCAAGAAGUUCCACUUCCGGUUCAAUCCUUGUGUAUCGUUUGGCUACAUUCCCGCCAACUACGGGUUCGAGUUGACUAUCACGUUCAACGAUCAUCGUCUGUUCCACAAGGAGAUUUCACUGAAGCAUUCCCCUACGCUAUGUUUUGGCGUUCCUGGGCUUCGAACGUUUGCGCGUGUCUGUCUUGAAGUAUACAACGUGAACCUGCAAACCAAACACAUCUGUGUUCGCCUAGUCGGUGUCCUUGACCUUAAGAUUCACAAAUUCAAAGUUCAUCUGAAAAUAGCCUGCUUCCGUAUCCCCCUCAUCGAGGCUGAGAGAGUCGCCCAGAUGUUGGAGUCACGUGACUUACACGUGGCAUCACUUGCAGAAACAAGAUCCACCAAUGAAACAACUGUCUACGAAGUGGAAUCCAUCCACGAACUAUUUGACCUGACGAAAAAUCUCGACUUGACCAAUGACGUCACUGAGAAAAUGACGUCCGAGGACAAAGUUAUCGAUCUUUUCCGGUCGCUUCAAGUCCAGGAUGACAACGAGUAAUGAAAUAAGCAGAACAAUGGCGACUUCUUUCAAAAACAUUAAACAUAUUUAAGAAGCAGUUGGAAUAAGUGGAUGUAAACUUCAGGGACAUGCCUAGUCGCCUGCCUUUUACACAUGUCCAGGGGCGGUAUUCAUAAAACUUAUGGGGGCCGUUUCAAGAAAGGAUUUCAGUCAUAAUUUAACUUAUCUUAAAUCUGUAUAAAGGGCACAAACGGCAAUACAGCAUAUUGUUCUAAUUUCCUCUUCUCUGUUUUCAUCUUUAAUGAUGUCAAUUCAAUUCAAUUCAAUAUUUUAUUGCCUCCAAUAAUGAAGAUAGGAAAAUACAUAUGUAAUACACGAAACACAUA